AAGGAAAAAUAGAGAAUUUAAUGGCUGUUGCUUACCAAAAAAAGCCCAAAAAUCGCAUCACAAGCUGCAGCUCACGGAAAGGGGAGGGGGAGAAACCGAGCAGAUCUGGAAUUUCUCUGCAAGGGGAAGAAUUAUGGGUUCAAUUUCAGUCCUAGAACAAGAAAAGAAGGAGAAAUAUCCAAGCUUUCUACCAGUUUUUCAAGGGAGGACUGAAAUUGAACCCAUAAUUCUUCCCCUUGCAGAGAAAUUCCAGAUCUGCUCGGUUUCUCCCCCUCCCCUUUCAAUCCCGAAUUACUCCCCAAAUUGCCACCGGCCUUCCCUUAGCUUGCAACUCUGGUUUGCUUGCUGGAAUUUUGAACGUUUGGAUGUGAUUUCUGUUUUCCCAAACAAGCCGAGGAAACUGCACACAACUCAUUCAUGGGAAUUUUUGAGAUUGAAAAGAGACGGGAUUAUUCCUUCGGAAGCAAUCUGGAAGAAGGCAAGGUUUGGGAAAGACACCAUCAUUGGCAACCUUGAUACCGGUGUUUGGCCGGAAUCGAGGAGCUUUUCGGAUGAAGGUUAUGGGCCCGUUCCAUCAAGGUGGCGUGGAGUCUGUCAAAGUGGAAAUGGAGAUAAAUUCCAUUGCAGCAGGAAGUUGAUAGGAGCAAGGUACUUUAACAAAGGUUUAGCUGCAUCAGUUGGUGACCAACUAAACUCCUCGUUAACAACCUCAUUAUCAACUGUGAGGGACCUUCAUGGCCAUGGAUCACACACCCUAUCAACUGCUGCGGGCAAUUUUGUUCCAGGAGCUAAUGUUUUUGGCCAUGGUAACGGGACAGCAAGUGGGAGAUCGCCUGCAGCCCGUGUUGCAGCUUAUAUAGUAUGCUGGCCCGAAGUUGGAGACAGUGCAUGCAUGGACGCAGACAUCCUUGCUGCCUUUGAUGCUGCAAUUAGUGAUGGUGUUGAUGUGCUCUCACUGUCAAUCGGUGGGGCGCCAGCUGAGUAUUUCGAGGAUGGAAUUGCAAUUGGGUCCUUCCAUGCUGUCAAGAAUGGCAUUACUGUGGUUGCUUCUGCUGGCAAUUCUGGGCCAACACCAGGGACUGUGUCCAAUGUGGCACCCUGGAUAUUUACAAUUGGGGCUAGCACAGUUGACAGAGCGUUCACAAGUUAUAUCACGCUUGGGAACAAGAAGAAGAUCAAGGGAAUGAGUCUUUCUGCAACAACUCUACCGCGUAGGAAAUACUAUCCACUGAUCACUGGUGCAAGCGCUAAAUUAGAUGACGUCUCAGAAGUAGAUGCCAACCUGUGUGAGCUAGAUUCACUCGAUCCUAGAAAGGCUAAGGGGAAGAUUGUGGUGUGUCUUCAAGGGGGAGGUGGAACAACAGAGAAAGGGGUAGCGGCCUUACGAGCCGGAGCUGUUGGCAUGAUUCUAACAAAUGACGAGCAAAGUGGGAAUGAAGCUUUUCCAUUUGCUCACGUGCUCCCGGCUGCUGAUGUCAAUUUCAUUGAUGGUCAAACUAUCUAUGCCUACAUCAACGCUACUGGGAAACCUACAGCAAACAUCACUCCUGUAAAGACUGUAUUGGGUAUAAAACCGGCUCCAUCCAUGGCUGCAUUCUCCUCCAGGGGACCUAGUUUCAUAGAUCCAGAAAUUCUCAAGCCUGAUAUCAGUGCACCUGGGGUGGGCAUCAUUGCAGCUUUCAGUUUAGCAAGUUCACCAACUGGAUCAAAGUUUGAUAAACGCCGGGUUCCAUUCAACUUACUAUUCGGUACUUCCAUGGCUUGCCCUCAUGUCUCCGGUGUUGUUGGACUUCUCAAGACACUCUACCCUCUUUGGAGUCCUGCAGCUAUUAAAUCUGCAAUAAUGACUACGGCAAGAACACUCGAUAAUGAAGAGCCGCCGAUGAAAGAUUCUUCAACCAACGAUACAGCAACUCCAUUUGCGUAUGGGGCAGGAGAGGUGACACCAAACCAAGCAAUGGAUCCUGGCCUCGUUUAUGACUUGACGAUUGAUGAUUACUUGAACUACCUCUGCGGUCGGGGAUACAACACAAGCUUGCUCAAAAGGUUCGCAACCAAGCCAUUUGCAUGUCCCAAGUCAUACAGCUUAUCAGACUUCAACUACCCUUCAAUUUCACUUUCUGAAUUGAGCGGUGAGGUGACUGUCACUCGAAGGGCAAAGAAUGUUGGACAUCCAGGAACAUACUUUGCACGUAUCAAGUCACCUCCUGGAGUCUCGGUAUCGGUUAAACCGGAGACAUUGACAUUCAAAAAAAUGGGUGAAGAGAAGAAAUUCGUAGUCACAUUCCACCCUAUGAGUAAAGUAGAGUCUAGAGAUUUUGUGUUUGGACAGUUGGUUUGGUCUGACUCCGACGGGAAACAUAAAGUUAUGAGUCCUAUAGUUAUAAGGCGCAAGUAGAGGUAAGACAUAUUGAUGGGGGCUCGAAACUUUCAUGAUCUAUGUAAGGAUUUGAACUUUUAAUUUUCUUAAUAAAAGUGUUAGACUUGC